AUGCACGACGAGGACCAUUUUCAUGUGCAGGCUCAGGAGUGCAGAUUGAUAGGCAAGUUUGAUCUACACGGAUUUGUAGAAUCUACAAACCAUGAACUGAUCAUCGGAGGACUGUUCCCCUUUCAUUUCAGGACCAUACUGACCAAUGACACUGAUAUGGAGGAGCCCCAGUCUCCAAAGUGUGAAGGCUUCAACUUCCGGGCUUUGCGAUGGACUCGAGCCAUGAUGUUUGCAAUUGAUGAAAUUAAUAAGCGCAAGGACAUCCUACCAGAUAUAACCCUGGGGUACCAGAUAUUUGACACGUGUUUUACUAUAUCCAAAUCAGUGGAAGCCACUUUAACAUUUCUAACUGGCCAGAAUGAAACCCAUCCAAACUUCAGGUGCAGUGCCGGAGCUCCCCUGGCUGCUGUGAUUGGAGCAGGGGGAUCUGCGUUAUCCAUUGCUACAGCCAGAAUACUGGGGUUGUACUAUUUCCCACAGGUGGGAUACGCUUCCUCCUGCUCUGUGCUCAGCGACAAAUUUCAGUUUCCAUCCUUUUUGCGCACUAUACCUAAUGAUUUAGCCCAGUCCAAAGGUUUUGCUGAUCUAGUCACAUAUUUUGGAUGGACAUGGGUGGGAACAAUAGCAGCAGAUGAUGACUACGGCAAAUACGGUAUCAAAGUUUUCAAAGAAGAGGUAGAAAAAAAUGGUGUGUGCAUUGCUUUCUCUGAAACGCUCCCAAGGAUCUACAACAAAGAAUCAAUAGAUACUAUUGUGAAAGCAAUACGUCUAACAACAGCCAAUGUCAUUGUCAUAUUUUCUUCAGACAUCGAUCUUAGUCCAUUAAUGGAAGCCCUGGCAGAAACUAAUAUCACUGGAAAAACAUAUAUCUCUAGUGAGGCCUGGACUACAUCAGCUCUGAUAGCUAAGCCAGAGUAUUUCCCAUUCCUUGGAGGAACUAUUGGCUUUGGAAUCCGUAGAGCAGAAAUACCAGGGUUUGAAGAGUUCCUCAUGAACAUACAUCCAGAACAUGGCACUGGCACUGAUGAUCUGAUCUAUGAGUUCUGGGAAGAGGCCUUUAACUGUACCUGGCCCACCCAGAGGGCAGCCUUUUAUACCAACAUCAGUAUAGAAGCAAUUGUUGCAGGUCGAAAAAGAAAUAUUUCUCCAACACUCUGUACUGGAAGAGAGAAACUUUCUGAUAUUCAUAAUACUUACAAGGAUGUAUCAGAGCUUCGGAUCACAUACAGUGUUUAUAAAUCUGUGUACACCAUUGCUCAAGCUCUACAUGAUUUACAUUUAUGUGUCAGAGGGUCAGGGCCCUUUCCUGGUAAUGAAUGUGCAAAUUUGCUUGAUUUCGAGCCAUGGCAGCUUAUGUAUUAUUUGAAGAAUGCCAAAUUCACAGUUUUCACAAAUGAAUCCAUCAGCUUUGAUGAAGGAGGAGAUGUGGAUGGCUAUUACGAUAUUUUAAACUGGCAGUUGCAUGAUAAUCAUUCUCUAUCCUUUGUAAAAAUAGGACACUAUAAAUACAAAAGUUCUGGAGCAUCUAAUGAGCUCAAAAUAGACAACAGCUCAAUAUUCUGGAAUACGUCAAAUUCCCGGCCUCCACAGUCUGUUUGUAGCAUGAGCUGUGUUCCCGGCUUCAGGAAAGGCAUUAGACAAGGAGAGCCAGUGUGCUGCUUUGACUGCAUUCCAUGUGCAGAUGGCGAAAUUACUAAUGAAACAGAUGCAAGAGAAUGCAUAGCAUGCCUUCCAGACUUCUGGUCUAACACACCCAAGAAUGAAUGUGUUUUGAAGGAAGUGGAGUUCCUGAACACAGAUGAAGCCUUGGGGAUCACACUGAUAUUCUUGUCUGUGUUUGGUGCUUCCUUGGUUAUUGCAUUUGCUAUUAUCUAUACAAUUUAUAGGGAUACAGCAUUAGUCAAGGCAAAUGACCGCAGUUUGAGUUUUCUCAUUCAGUUCUCACUGGUAUGUACUUUUAUGACAUCUAUUCUUUUUGUAGGCAAACCAGAGGCAUGGUCAUGCAUGGCCCGGCAAACCACCUUAGCUCUUGGAUUUUCAUUAUGCCUUUCGAGUAUACUUGGUAAGACUAUUGUUCUGAUGUUAGCAAAGCGAGCUACUAAAGCUACUAAAGCUAAGGGUAAUAAAACCUCUCAGAUAGUCAUGACACCACUGUAUCAAAGAAUAGUUGCAGUAACUGGCUUUAUUAUUGAAAUUGGGAUAUGUAUAGCUUAUCUAAUCCUGAAGCCACCCUGGGUUUACAAAAAUAUGGAAUCCCAAAACAUUAAGAUAAUCCUUGAGUGUAAUGAAGGUUCCAUUGAAUUCUUGUGCUCUAUGUUCGGCUUUGAUGUCUUCCUUGCCAUCCUUUGCUUCAUAACUGCCUUUAUAGCUCGGAAACUUCCUGACAAUUUCAAUGAGGCUAAAUUUAUUACAUUUGGAAUGCUGGUGUUCUUUAUUGUUUGGAUCUCUUUUGUUCCAGCCUACCUGAGCACACGAGGGAAAUUUAAAGUAGCUGUUGAAAUCUUUGCCAUUUUAGCAUCUAGUUUUGGUUUACUUGGCUGUAUUUAUGUCCCUAAAGGGUAUAUAAUUCUGAUAAAACCAGAAAGAAACACAGAAGAAAUUGUUGGAGGUAGAGCUGCCACCAAUGAUAAGAGUGCACCAGCAACAUCUGCUUCCAUUACGAGUGAGAUAAACAGCACAACAGUAUCCACAGUUGUGCUGGAUGAUUAA